AGAUCUACCGGUUUCAUUUGACUCUCUUUACGGAGAAAAUCCGAAACCGGAUAGAUCGAAACCGGAACUGUUUCGCCUGCUUCGGCUUUGUGUGGCCGGGGCCUUAGAUAUCUUGGAGCUGAUUGGCAGUUUCAGGAAAAAGAUUAUCAUACUAAUAUUAAACAUUAUGACAAUAAUUAAUCACUAUGCACGAUAUGUGGUCUUAAAUUACGUUUUUGAAGUUUUGUGUUAAUUCUGUCCAGCCAUUUAUUCAAAUUCCAUGCUGCAUGUGUAUAAAGAAACGAGUGAAGCCGGACCACUGGCCCGACGUGAGACCAGCAGCGCCCCCCCUCCCCCCUCAACUCCCCUCUGCCCCUAUGCAGUAGUAAUGAUCCCAUAUUGGCACUCAGAGCAGCUGGCAGGCUGACAAGCGUAAUUUUAGAGGACACUGAUGCAGAGGGAAAAUGUAAUAGGCAUUGGCUUGCAGACCCCUUCCUAUAGGCGGUAGAGAGAAGAGGGAGGGAGAAACAGCGGCCAGCAAGAGAGUCUCCUGAGAGUGAAGUCCUUUGCUGUGGCUAGAAUAGAUAGGCUAAAUAAACAAAGUGCGACACCAUUCUUUUUGAGCAGCAUGGUUUUCCUAACCCUCGGAUUGUAUCUUCCACUCUGGUUUUGUUAUGUCCUGGCUCGGUCCUCAUUUUUGGACCUUCUUGCACUUCCAGAAGGUCUCCGGUCGUCCGAGAGGAGCUUCACCCCAUGCUGUCUGAUGAGUCCCCCCCCACCGCCCCUCUUUCCCCCGCCCCCGUCUCUCUGGAGACGCCACGCUCAUGAGAGAGGCGCCUCAUCUGGUGACGGAGACAGAGGGAAGAUAGACAAAGAGGAGGAGGAGGGACGCCCCUGUGUCCUGGGGCCGCCGGGCUCUGCUGGCCCCCCAGGGCCCCAGGGGCCGUCUGGUCUACCUGGAAUAGGAGGAUCCAAAGGAGAGAUGGGAGAGCUUGGCAGACCUGGACAAAAGGGCCGGACCGGUCCGCCAGGCCUUCCGGGGCGGCCUGGACCCGUUGGAUGGCCCGGCCCACAUGGGCCCAAAGGUGAGAAAGGAGACACUGGACUGAUGGGUUUAUCUGGAGCAAGAGGACCGAUGGGGCCCAAAGGUUUACCAGGAUAUAAAGGAGAAAAGGGUUCUCGGGGUGAUCGCGGGGAGAGUGGCAGCAAAGGCGAUAAGGGAAAGAUGGGAUUCCCAGGGAUGCUUGGGCAGAAGGGUGAAAUGGGUCCCAAGGGGGAACCUGGCACGUCAGGGAAGCGCGGACCUACUGGACGGCCAGGCAAGCGAGGAAAGCAAGGAGUGAAAGGUGACUUUGGGCGGGUGGGCCCUUCAGGUCCUGCUGGCCCCCAAGGGUCCCCUGGCCAGCCCGGCCCCCCUGGUCUCCCAGCCACAGGACUUUAUAUGGUUGGAUCGAAAGGAGAGCGCGGCCCUACAGGGCCUCCUGGGAGAUGUAGUUGCAACUCUCUCAUGAGCUCACCUUUUGAUGACAGCGCCAGGGGCCAGCAAGCCAGAGUGCCAGCGAUAUUUGUGGUUGGCAGUCAAGAUGAACUAGAGCGUCUUCAAACUGACAAUGCUUUUGCAUUCCGCAAAGACCAGAGGUCUCUCUAUUUCAAAGAUGUGGAUGGCUGGAUUCCAAUUCAGCUGACCCCAUUCCAGUCCACGGAGAACGCCCCAGAGGAAGAGGGUUACUGUGGCGAUGGAAUAGUACAGAUUCCAAACGGGGAGGAGUGUGACGAUGGAAACAGAGUGGUCACAGACAGCUGUGUUAAGUGUAAACAUGCCUUCUGUGGGGAUGGCUAUCGCUAUGAGGGGGCUGAGGAGUGUGAUGGAAAAGACUUUGGCUACCAGACAUGUAAUUCAUACCUUCCAGGGUCGUAUGGCCGUCUAAGGUGCAGACUGCACUGUGUUAUUGACUCAACAAACUGCAAGUACUUCACAUGAAGGGUCAAAGCCACACAGAGCAAUGUAGUCGUUGUGUUCCCAAACACCAAGCAGGAAUAUAUUGAUGCAAUAAAAGGACAAGGAUACUGCAAAUAAAAGACUGAAAAAGAAGAUGAAGCCAAAAAAAAAGAAAAGAAACUACUAUAUAUACUUCUUCUGUACUGCUGCUCUCAUGCCACAUAGAUUGCAGGGGUUCGAAUGACCUCGACCAGAGUCCACCCUUUCGCCCAUACAUAAACAAAGAAAAAAAAAAUAUAUAUAUAUAUAUAUAUAUAUAUAAUUGCACUGUCUUAACAUGUGAGGACUGAAGAGCAUUCUACACGCCAUACCUGAUUGGACCACUUAGCCUCACCUGAAUGGACCAGUCAGCUUCACCGGAUUGGACCAGUCAGCCUCACCUGAUUGGACCAGUCAGCCUCAAGGUAAAGUGGGUGAAUGAAGUGGAAGGUUUCAUUAAACCUUGUAGCAACGGGGUCCUGGUUGGAGGCUCAUUAAUCCUGACUUAGUACUGUUUAAAAGAAAGAAAUUAGGAAGGCUUGGAGAAACCAGGAUACUGUUUAUCCUACUGCUGAUAGAAUGAAUGACAAUGCACAGAAUUUGCAUGAGGCUAGGGUUUGGAUGGCCCCGGCGACAGCUGCCUCUAGGCAUGUAACCUAAUACUGACGCUAAAACAUUGCCAUGACACGCUUCAUACCUGUGCCCUCUUAAAAUCCUUCAUUAGAAAUGUGUAGUGACCCUUUUUAGGCAUAGAUUGACUUAAGUCAUUAUGAUGAUGUGUACUGGCGGGCAGGUGGAUGCAUGGCCAACAACAAAGUUGUUGGCCAUGUGUCUUGGCCUCUGGGAAUCCUCAAAGAGGGCAGGUUGUUACAGUGUGUUAUGGUAGCAGCACACAAGGUAAACUUGAUCUUCAUAUUCUCAAACCCAGGAUCUACUCAGGAACCAUCAGGUCACAUGACUCAAUGAGUCGGUUCAAUAGGCCUUCUGCACGCUACUCUUUGUGAAUGGCAGAUAAUGUAAGUAGAGGAACAUAUUGGACUGUUAUAGGGGGAAAUAAGCUUUAAUGUAAAUGGAGGAGGUCCUUCCCUCUGCUUCAACAAUACAUAUACUAUGUAUAUAUAUGUGUGUAUAUAUAUAUAUAUAUAUAUAUAUAUAUAUAUAUAUAUACUGUAUGUCCAGGCCUGAAACUGUUACAUUCUCAAUUUUACCCUCUGCACAGGCAAGACCAGAAUAGUUUCUAGCUGCUGAUGGGGAUGUAUUAUCUUCCACUGUUGCAUCCACAUUCUAUAUUACGCUACCCUGAUACCUCUUCAGUCUGUCUUAUAGUGUUACAAAGAAACAUGUCAAUGGUGAACUUAAAUACAUUUAGUGUUCUGUGUCUGGGGAACCCACAGUGUCAGUAGUGGGGCUGAUAUAAGCUAUUUAUUUUUACAAUUAAACAAAAGUAUAUGAGAUGUAGGGCCAAGAAUACCCUUUGCUGAGGGGGGUUAGGUUUUUUAAGUGCUUCUGGCCUAAAAGUGAAUGUAACAACAUGCUAAUGAAUGGUAUAAUUCUACAGUUAAGUUUGUUGUAUGUGCAUGCUUCUGCUACCAUGUUUGUAUGCUGGAGAGUUCAAAAUUGUCCAACCAUAGUUUUUGGGAUGUACUGUUAGCAUAAAAUUCAUUAUUGCAUUAUUACCAGCGUGAUCAGUGUAUUACAAAUAUACAACCUUGCUCUACCAAGGGCAAAGCAAGUGGUAUUAUGGAGAAACACUGAAGUUCUGACUGUAUGUUAUUCCGUUUGGAAUAUAGUUUGUCAACACAUAGCCAAUGGAAAAAAUGCCAAUCAUCACAUGAUAUGUUGAAUGUUCUAUUUGUUAUUCUUACUGUCCUAUACUGUGUAUACAACAAUGUUGAAACAUAACAUGCAUGUAACCACAUAUUGCUUAAUGAAGUCCAGUAUGCACUGAUGGCUCCUCCUGGUUCAUUGUCAAAGAGUUUAAACCUUGGAUAGUUUGAAAAACAAAUUAAAAUAAAUGCAUUCAAUGUGUCAAAGACAAUUUGCCUGUGUGCUGUGUUCCAGGAGGGUUUGUCAGCAGGUACACGUGCCGUCCCUUGCAGAGGAAGCAAAGAAACCAAGCUUAGUAGUCCUCUUUCACAGGACCACUGAGUCAAUUAAAGUAGAUUAAUUGGAUUAAGUCAAAUGAGGAUAGUCGUUUACUGGUGUAUUUUAUGCAUUGUCCGUACAAAUGAUGCAUACUCAACUCGGUCGCCUAUAAAGCCCAAGUCAUGCAGUCAGGGGACAGGGCAGCAAGUGCAGGAAAGAUGAAAAAAUGUUAGGCACAAACCACUGACUAUAAGGAUUUAUUUCAUCUGGAAACUGUAUCAGGGUAAUAUGUCUUCACAGAUGCCCAUGGAAGAUCUCUAUUCAUCCAAUAAUGUGAUCAGUGCAGAGAGGUGCCUCUGGGUGCCCCACUAAAUCGCCACUUAAUUUUAUUUGGACUCAUUUAACAACAAGGCAUCCUGAUAAUCUCAAUUGUUGUUUGUGAAACCAAAGGUCCAUGGUUUAUGUGUACUUUGACCUCUCCAAUCGUCUUGAACCCUUGCCAGCUUGUUAUUUCUGUGCAUGUUUAAUGGUGUGGAGCGUUGUUCAGGA